AACAGAAGCGAAAGGCAAAAAUUGUGCAAACAGCUUCUCGUUCGAUUCUUUACCAUAUUUUGUUGAGAAUAGUGUAAAAGUAGUGAUCAUUUCCCUUGCAGCGUAUCCCGCAGUUCACAAUGGUUGACGAUGGAACCCGCAAGGCUCUGAGCAGCAUUCCACUGCUCAAGACCAGGGCUGGCCCGAGGGAAAAGGAACUUUGGGUGCAACGAUUGAAGGAGGAAUACCAGGCGCUGAUAAAAUAUGUGCAAAAUAACAAAGCUGCUGAUAUGGACUGGUUCCGGUUAGAGUCGAACAAGGAGGGUACGAAAUGGUUCGGCAAAUGCUGGUACAUGCAUAAUCUGCACAAGUACGAGUUCGACGUGGAGUUCGACAUUCCCAUCACCUACCCAGCGACCGCACCGGAAAUAGCCCUGCCUGAGCUCGACGGCAAAACGGCGAAGAUGUAUCGAGGGGGAAAGAUUUGUCUGACCGAUCACUUUAAACCGCUGUGGGCGAGAAAUGUACCCAAGUUUGGCAUCGCACACGCGAUGGCAUUGGGGUUGGCGCCAUGGCUAGCGGUCGAAGUCCCGGACUUGAUAGACAAAGGUGUGAUAUCUUACAAAGAAAAGAGUGAAGCGUCCGGAUAAGAAACUUACCCCAGCAAUCAACCACUAUUCUACCGGUAUUUACUGCUAGCUAAACACAACCAUGAGAUAUUGUUUUCGUGUGUGUCUGCCCAUUUACAUUGCAUCUUGUUAUAAUAAAGGAACAGAGCGUAUAUU